AUCACAUCGAUCUGUGGGCGUUCCUUAGGCUAUCAAGUUUGUCAUUAACCAUAUUACAUUAUUGACAAUGUUGAUACCGUAUCACAGUGUCAGCCGCUUCUCAGGUGACCCAUCAUUACAUUUUAAAAGGAACCUUCAGUUUCUCCAAUAGAUUUAAGUGGGUGAUGACAAAAUCAUGGAGACAGAUUUUAAUAUCACCACACUGAGCUGGAUGACUGGAAGUACAGUGGCUCCUGCACAUCAAUCAGACACUGCUGGUUACAUUGGUGUUAUAGUUGCUAUCAUCUUCUUUGGUACCAAUCUGGUUCCUGUCAAAAAUGCCAACACGGGAGAUGGUAUAUUCUACCAAUGGAUAGCCUGUACGGGCAUCUGGUUAACAGGGCUAGUGGUUCAUCUUAUUCGUGGCUGCCCGACGUUUCAACCAAUUGCGAUGCUUGGAGGAUUUCUGUGGACAACAGGAAAUAUUACAGUGAUUCCAAUCAUCAAGACAAUUGGACUCAGUCUGGGAAUACUCAUCUGGGGCUCAUUGAAUCUUUUGGCUGGCUGGGCAAGUGGAAGAUUUGGUUUGUUUGGUCUUGACAAGGAUGUUAUCACAAGACCAGCCUUUAACUAUAGUGGAGUGGCGCUCGCAAUGUUAAGGACAUUGAUGUCAAUUUUCAUUCAAACCGACUUCAGUAGUAGUAGAACCAUCUUAAACAUUGACGACGAGACAUCACCAUUAUUAAAACACAUCCAGGAUGAGGUAAACACGCAAGUUAAUCAACCUUUAAAUACUGAUGAUGCUUCAUGGGUCGACAACCUGAGUCCAACCAAAAAACGAGUUAUGGGCAUUUGUCUCUCAAUGGUUGCAGGGAUUUUCUAUGGUGUAAAUUUUGUUCCUUGCCUCUGGAUUCAGGAUCAUAUUGAAGGAGCAAGUGAGAAUGGUUUGGAUUAUGUAUUUUCUCAUUUUUGUGGGAUUUUAUUUACCUCAAGUACGUACUUCUUUGUGUAUUGUAUAUUGAAGAAAAAUCAACCACAGCUACCGCCUGGGAUCGUCCUCCCGUCACUGGUCUCGGGGGUGAUGUGGGGAAUUGCCGAUUCGGGCUGGUUUGUCGCCAAUUUUUAUCUCUCUCAAUCUGUCGCUUUUCCAGUUAUCACCACGGGUCCAGCUAUAAUUGCUUCACUGUGGGGCGUGUUCUACUUCCAUGAGAUCAGAGGAAUUAGAAAUUAUAUAAUUUUAACAUUGACAUUUGUGGUCACAAUUGCUGGAGCAGUUUUAACGGCUUUUUCUAGAUUGUAAGCUAAAUUUAUCGUAGGCCGUAAGGCAACUUAUUUAAUACUUUUAAAUGCUGAAUUCAUUAUUUUUAAAAUUCAACCAGAAACAGUAGAAAUUUCAAUUAUUUGAUGAGUAUAUUUACUAUUUCAAUAUAAUCUUUUAUUAUUAUAUAAUUAAUACUUUUAAUUAAUAUUUUUCAAAAACACUUUAUUGUCCAUUUCAAGACAGGUAGAAUUUGUGUUUCCUUUGCAGCUGUGUUAAAAGGGUAAAAAUGAUAAAAUUACGUAAAAAUUACAAGACAAAUCAACCUGACAAUAACAAAACAGAUAUUAGCAAGUUAAAUAAUGAAAGUUCGGGAGUUUUAAAAGUCAUUAUAUAAAAUUUACAAUUUAUACCUCAGGGACAGACUAGUGUCAACAUUUAAUUAUAGCAAUAGUAUAUCAUAGGUGAUAUUCAUGUUGCUAUUGUUUUUGUUUUUAUUAUCAUUAUUACGUCUGCCAAAGAGGUUAUAUAUUCACCGCUGUCUGUCUUUUAGCAAGAUUAUGCAAAAACUAAGGAAUGAAUCUUCAUAAUAUAUAGUGCAAUUGUAUAUAAUAAUCUAAAGAGAUUUAAGAAGAAAAAUGUCACAGGACAAGAUCAAGGUCACAGAAAUAUAUAUUUAGUGAACUUAUCCUAAAAACUAUAGAUGGAAUCACCCGAAUGUAAUUGUUUGUGUAUGUUUAAUGUAUUUUUUUUCUCAUAUUAUAUGAAUGUUAUACAGUAUUAAAGAUAACCAUUAGUUUUGCUAUAAAUUUAUAUUGAAU